AUGGCCGCCCCCCCUGUUCAGGCCCACUGGUCAACGGCGACGUCGCCACUGCAAGGCGAGCAGCCACAGGGCCAGCAAGCCGUCGAGAGCCAUGAGGUGGACAGCGAGAACGCCGAUCUGGAUUCAGCCGUUGCUGGCCAGCUCAUCGCCAGGACUUCCAGCCUCACGAUCUCGGGCCCACGGAGCGAUGCUGAGGGGUGCCCGGUCCCGCGGGAUAGCCGUGAUACCCUGGACGUGGCCUGUGACGAGAUUCCACGCUCUCCAAUACCUCCGUUGUCCACUGAUGCCCAACCGCACCCGGCUACUCUACGAGAUGAGUGGCAGGAUCCUUGGGGGACAGAACAAGCCGACGCAGUCGCCCUGGCCUCCUCGUCCUGCACUUCGAUGCUCGAGAAACCGUGCAAGGAGGAGCUGCAGGAGGGGGGAGGGAAAAAUUCACAGACCUCCCACGCGCUCAGAACUCUGUCCCUGGCGCCGUACCUCCACCAGGCGCGCCUGCGGCGCACGCGCGCCGUGCUGCCGCCGCUGCUGACGUCCCCCGCGCGGCCGUCGCUCGCCGACCUCGCCCGCCGCUCCAUCUUCCUGACGCGCACGGCCUUCGCCUCGCGCAAGCUCGCCCGCAGCCUCGCGUCCAUCCGCCUCGCCCGCCGCCUCGCCGCCCGCCCCUCCGCCGAGUCGCUCGUCGCGCGCUGCGUGCUGCCGCCCGAGUGCGUCCCCCGCGCUGCUGCGACUUCCGGCGGCGGUGGUGGUCAUGGUGGUGGUGGGGCGACGCUGGUGCUGGCGCCCGCGCUGGUGGCGAGGAAGAGGGCGGUCGAGCGGGAGAAGGUGAAGGAUGGCCUGCGGGCUUGGGUUGGGUCCGUCUGGAAGCGCCAGGUCAGGCUGCGCGAGGAGGGGGUGCGGAGGUGGGAGGAGCGGGCGGGAGUGGGGAGGGUGUGGCGGUUGAGGAGGUUUUGGGAGAAGGUUGGACGCGGGGAGGAGGUGUAG